AUGUUUGCAUAUUUCAGAACCAUACAUACCGGCCCCGGAUCGCCAUUGGACUAUCCGCAGUUGAGAAUCAACAAUUAUUCUGAAAAUCCCCUUGAUAAUGCCUCGAGAUCGAGCCCAAGACCCGAUCAGGAGCCACCUGAAUUCAUGACUGUGCAUACUUUGAAGCUUGGCGGGAACCAGGGGUUUCGAUAUUGCAGCAAAUGCAGUUGCUGGAAACCGGAUCGGACUCAUCAUUGUUCGAAAUCGGGGAAAUGCAUUUUGAAAAUGGAUCAUUAUUGUCCGUGGUUCUCGAUAUGUAUUGGGUAUUUCAACUACAAGUUCUUUGUACAGUUCUUGUGCUAUACUGCUAUUUAUUGCUGGGUUGUGUUUGGUGUGUCGGUUAAAAUCUUGUAUGAUAUUUUUGCAACGGACAAGUAUCAAGAAGAGUACAUUUCUAUCAACUUGAUUCUUGUUUGUGUGUUGUCGUUGACUUUUGGCUUUUCGUUAACCUUGUUUGCACUUUUCUCGUUAUACAUGAUUAGCAAGAAUACAACAACGAUUGAAUUUCAAGAGCAAAGAUGGAAUUAUCGUGGUGCCGAUCGAUACAACUACGAGUUUGACGCCAAUGGGAAGCAAAAAAAAUUGACCAACAUAUUUGAUCUUGGACGGAAGCAGAAUUUCAAAGAAGUGUUUGGUGAGAGUUGGGGGGCAUGGUUGCUACCGAUAUCUGUAACUGAAAAAGUUGCUAAUUUAGGAUUCAAGAAUGGAAUCAACUUCAAGAUCAAUGAAGAAGUUUACAAGAAAUGGUGCACCAAUGCUGAAUUGCAGAAUCAGUUGAAUGAGCAGUUGCUGAAUUUCAAAGAUAGAGUGAGAAGAGAAAGAGAGAGUUACGUAGAGGUGUAG